ACAUGCAAUAUUUGGACCCCCGGACCGCCCGAAUGGAUCCACAGCAAGAUUUAUUUCUGCUCUAAGGAGUGCAAGCUCGUAUUUUUCCGGACGAACACAUUGUUUCUUCAGCCCAAAUUCAGAUACCUUCCUCCACGGUCCGCGAUGCCCGAAAUAGAUAAGCAUAUCAUACCGUGGCUUCCCAAAUUCAAGUUGUCGAGGACGUCAAAGGGAAAGGGAACGAACGCUGUCCUAGUCCGUGAUCUCGUUGCUGCGAGGGACGAGUAUCGCGCCCAAGUAUUAUCCGGAGGCACACCUAAGGAACGGGCUCAGCGCCGGGAGGCCCUUUUCCGACGGUAUGCGGUCCGCUGCCACUGGUCGCGCGCGCUCUAUAUGUUUCAAGUUUACAUAAAUAUUUGGAAGAGAGCCAUGCACGCGAGUUUGGUUAGGUUCAAAACCGCCAGUGUUGACCGAUUGCGCAAAAUAGCCUCGAAAAGAGGUAUUCCCAGUAGCCGCAUCAUGCGCAAUCCUAUCAUACGGCGCCGGAUGCGAACGCGUGCUUGGGACUUCCGCCGAAUGUCGUCGUCGACCUUGACCAAUGCAGGUCUAUCGGGAGGCAAGUACAAGAAGCGUAUUUGCGAUCGCUGUGGGGUCGCCGUAGCAAAGGACUGGUACGACUGGCAUAAGAGGCAACGUCAUGCGGAUCAGGUUCCCAACUGUCGCCUCAAUUUCCAGACGGGGAAGACCGAGUACCGAUGUGACUUAUGCGAAGACUUGCCGGUCAAGUGGUUCACGUCUGAUGCUUUGCAGAGCCAUGAAUAUCACAGGCAUGGGUUGCGAGGGCGCAAAGGACACGAAUGGAAAGGGAUCGACGCUUGAGACUCGCCAUGUUUGACUUAGUGAUGUAUGCCCCCGCGGCGUCCAAUAGUAUAAAGUAACUGAGGCAGAUAAAAAGAGGUCAGCAAGAAUGCAGUGGUUGAUCAUU